AGACAGGGAAGCACAUGUUUACUUUUUUUUUCUUGCAGAUGAAUGACACACUGGACGUGUAGAAGUUCUGUGUAAAUCCGCCCCUGGCGGGCAGCUAUGGGUAGAUCUAUUACAAGCCACACACAAGACAGGGAAAUCGAAACUGAGGCAGGAAGACUUCUGUCUGUUUCGUUGCUCAAGAAAGGGUUGGGUUUAAGGACGGACAAAAUACAAAGGCUAAACUCUGACUCAAAGUCCUGAUUACAUCUCCAUCAACAUAUAAUGCCACGCACUCAAUGAAACUCAGUCAGACAUUCUAGCACCAGCAAGAUAUCGAAACAGACAACUGCCUAACUAUGAGCACUCCUGAGACAGCCUUGAAAUUGAAACUGGAAAAGCUGGAAUGCCACUUCACGUGGGGAGUAACCUGCAGCCUGUCAAAACUGAAUAGUCUCAGAGAUCACCUGGAAGACAUCAAGACUGACGAGGGGUACACCUGGCUGGGUCACAUCUACAACCUCCUGGGUUUCAUACGCUACAGACAGGGCUGUACUGAUUCUGCCGUCCAGUAUCUCAGAAAGGCAGGGGAGGCCUUUCUCCAAAUCAACAACACGGUCUCAGAAGAGGGUCCAUGGCUGUUGGUCAACUAUGGAAACCUAGCCUGGAUGAACUUCCAUCUGAACAACAUGAAGGAGAGUCAGGACUACCUGGAGAAGGUGGAGGCUGUGAUGAGGGAUCACCCCCCUCCGUCCCAGGAGGAUCCACUGCACCCUGAGGUGUACGCAGAGAAAGCCUGGACUCUCAUGAAGUUUGGCGAGGACAAAAUGGCAACGGCAAUAAAAUGCUUCCAGAAGGCAAUUGCAAUGGAACCUGAUAGAAAGGAAUGGCAGACAAGCCACGUUUUAGCCCUCGACCUGGUUCACGACAGGUGCACUCCAGAGAUGGAAGCUGAGAUUUUGGAGAAACUUAAAAGGGCUAAGGAAGUUGAUCAGGAGAAUACAUACCUUGCUGCCGUUUACUUACUAAGACUGGCUAAGAGUCAGAAAGUCAGUCCGGAUGAGAUACGAGCGCUAGCUGGGAGGAUUUUGUGUAGGCCUUGCGGUGCUUACAGUGGUCUUAGGCCCUUACUAAGAGUCUUCAGAAUUUGCUUAACACAGGACGAAGCUAUAGACCUGGUACAGGAGGCCCUUGACAGAAAUCCAGAUGAUCGCUACUUGAAAGACAGGCUUGCGACAUCUUACAGGUGGAAAGUCCUUUCAAGGGAUGACAUCCAUUGUAGUAAGAGUGUCAUUGAAAGAAGCAUCAGUCUGUUCCAGGAAGUGAUCGCUCUUUACCCAGAAUCCUGCCUGAAGGCCAAGUUGGACCUUGCAUCUAUCUAUGCUAAGUCAGGACGUGAUGGAGCUGAUGAGAUAUACGAGGAGUUACUGGACAGACGUGACCUAGGGCCUGCUGAGUUACAAAUGCUGCACAACCCCUACGCCCAGUACCUGCAUUAUCAUGUCCGUAGCCCAGACAGAUCUAUAAAUCAUCACAUGGAGGUUGUAAAAAUACAAAAUCAAAGCAAUUAUCGGAGCAAAAGUGUCAAGAUUUUGAGUCAAAUUGUGAAACGAAAACAAAACAGGUCUGCAGAAAUGCAAGACUUUUUGAAGAGAAAUUCAGCCACGCAGUGAGGGAUGAGGAGGAGGUCUCAAGUGUGCUCACCUACAAGAACUUUCAAAACCAUUAUUCAGACAGAUGUUAAAUCUGACCAGUGAUCUUUUUCAUAAUUUUGUUCCAUUAAAAAAAGUGAAUUUGUGUAUUUUUGAUGAUUAAAAACGUAACUGAGUCAAAUAGAGAGAAAUAUGCCUAUCUAUUAAUUAUGUUUCUUGUAUCAUUGAUAAGCUGUCAUUAUACUGUUUUCUUAUGCCUGCAUAGCCAUAAGUUAGUUCUUUGUAAGGUGCGACUAGAAAAGGCCUGUGACACUAGUGUAGGUCAGAGGUCACAAUGUUUCCUAGUCUAUAAUGCCAUGCAACUUUGAAUGAGGAAAAUAUAAGGAGCGACAAGGCCAUUUACACGAGCCAUAUCAAAAGACCUAAACAAAAGCUAUCUAGCAUACAGUGUCCUUUUUUCUGUGCCUGUGAAGGCUAUGCUAAUCAUCUUUUAUCCUCCCAUAUUGUGAUACCAUAUACUCCCUUGAUUUCCUGUAUUGAUUGUCCAGUCUUCUGUGAUACUCAUCUUGAGUGUGUCAGACACCUGCAUCUUACAUAUGUAAUAAAUACGUAGAUUUUGUCUUUAACUUGUCUUAACUAUUCCCUUCAUUGACUUGGUACUUUCAGAGCAAUUGGGUAUUAUCUAAUACAUAUUACUUACAUUAACUUUCAAGAACACUAUUCAGAUGUUUCAUUUGACCAGUGAUGUUCAUUAUUUUCUUCCAUAAAAAAAAAAAGUUAAUUUAU